AUGAUUGUGCAAUACUUUAUAAUUUUCUUCACAGUGGCCGUAUUACCAAACAACGCAUUUAAUCCAAAGAAUCCCGACGGUGGUCCGCUGGUGAAGACCGAGGGGGGACAGGUGCGGGGUCGCAUCGCCACUUCGUUCACCGGACGUCGCUACGCCAGCUUCCAGGGCAUCCCUUAUGCGAGUCCCCCAACGCGGAACCUCAGGUUCAAGGCGCCGCAGGUCGCAGAGCCGUGGCAGGGCGUGCUGAACGCGUCGGCGCCAGGACACGACUGCCCCCAGCUGGACCAUCGCUCUGGAAGCGUCGUGGGCCACGAGGACUGCCUCACCCUCAACGUCUACACCACGCAGCUGGAAGGCAAGCCGCAGCCGGUGCUGGUGUGGGUCCACGGCGGGUCGUUCGUCAACGGCAGCAGCCGCCUCUACCAGCCGGACGUGCUGCUCGACCAACAGCUCGUCGUCGUCACCCUAAACUACCGACUCGGCGCCCUCGGUUUCCUGUGCUGGCCCAGGGCUGGGGUGCCAGGAAAUAUGGGCUUGCGCGACCAGUCCCUGGCUCUGUACUGGGUGCGACGCAACAUCGCUGCGUUCGGUGGCGACGCCGGAUGUGUCACCCUAGCGGGACAAAGUGCAGGGGCCGCCUCCGUCAUCUUCCACAUGCUGUCGCCGCUCUCCAAAGGCUUGUUCGACCGCGCUCUGUGCAUGAGCGGUUCGGCGCUGUGCUCGUGGGCGACGCCGCCCCACCCCGAACAGCGUGCGCUGCGUCUGCUGAGGGCGGCGGGGCUGCCCGCACACCUCAACCCUGGAGCCGGCAGCGACGCCGCCGCUGUGGAGCCGGUUGAGCCGAUGCUGCCGGUGCUGGCGGCCUGCGUGGAGGCGGAGGCGGAGGCGCGCGUGGGCGCCUUCCUGCCCGACGCGCCGUCGCGGCUGCUGGCGGCGGGCCGCGUGCACCGCGUGCCACUGCUGGCAGGGCUCACGGACGGGGAGGCCAACUUCUUCCUGCUCAGUGAGUCGCGCUCGCGCUGGCCGAGUAACCAAUAUGUCACGAGUUUACAACAUUCUAGAGAGAGGUGGCUGAGUGCAGGCCGUGCGCAGCUGCUGGCGGACCUGCACGUCGUGGAGCCCGUGGAGCGCACGCUGCGGGCGCUGGCCGCCCACUCUCCGCCGCCGGCCUUCCUCUACCUGCUGUCGCACCAGCCUCGCCACAGCUUCUGGGGGACGCCGCUGCACCUCAUAAACAGUCUGGGAGUGCCCGGCGUGCCCCACGGGGAGGACCUGGCGGCGCUGUUCCCGCUGCUGCCAGGGGAGCCGCCCGCUGGCCAGAGGGUCCCCGAGGACGACUCGGUGCGCCUCUACUUCGCCACGGCAGUCGCCAACUUCGCCAGGACCGGGAACCCUGCACCAAAGACUAAUGGGUUGAUGAAGGAAGAGUGGCUCCCCUUCACGCUGGAGGAUCAAGCGUUUAUGAAUAUAUCUUCUGUGCCCAAGAUGCAGCGGAACAUCAUGGCAGAUCGCAUCCAGUUUUGGAGAGAACUGUUAGCUGAUCUGGAGAUGAAAAGAAACAAAGAGAUCUCGCAAAAGCAACCAAAUCAUGCUGCAGCGGCGUUGCAAAUGCAGUCAAUGGUGGAGCUGUGCCUGGAGCAGCCUAGGCCAAGUCCUCUGCAUUCAGGUUCCACUGCAGGUGGCUGCACUCAGUUUUAUGAUAUGCAUGACAUCAUUGUUUUUUGA